AUGAAGUUUGCAUCUCUGAGCUCUUUGCUCACGAUACUCUCAUUAUGCGCUCCAUCCGCCCAAGCCGAAGACAGAUCCCCCGAGGGAGUAUGUUACGACUCAUGCGCAUCGUCUCUAAAGGCGGUGCAGUUCGAUGAUAUGCUGCGCAACCAAACGAAUUUCAUGACAAAAACAUGUUAUAGCCCGAAAGCUAUUCUUUCGCUGUAUUUAUGUCUUGAUGUUUAUUGUAUGGUUGAGGCUAGAGAGGCGGGCUUGGGUCCGCUGAAUGAGACGUGUGUUAAGCAAGCGCAUAUUGUUCUACCGCCUUUUAGUAUCAUAUCGAAUUAUACUGCCGAGGACAAAGAGAGGGUACAUCGACUGGAACGAAAUGAGGUGGAAAGUUCCAUUACUUUUGGAGAGGUUGUCAUUCCUUCCAAGACUUGGUUUGGGAUCUGGUGGGACACAAUGGACUCUGUUGCAUAUACAUAUACACACCAUGAUCUAUACGGUCGUGCUAUGAUCAUAUUUUGGAUUGUAGUCAUUGCCAUUGGGGUUCUGAACCAUCUCAUGCAACAAAUCGCCAACUCACAAAUAGUUCGUGACCAUUCAAACAAAUCAGGAGGACGACUAUGGAGUCUAUAUACUUCCGCAGUGAACCGAAUUGCCGUCCCGGCCACGUUUGGAGACCGAUGUUCUCAGAAAGUUGGAUGGGGAACAGUUCCUCCAAGGAUACAGUCCCUAACGCUAUUUGCGUUUCUUAUCCUUAACAUUGUCUUGAGUAUUCAUGGAUACAGGAUUGUACCGAUCAACAUGUACUUCCCUUCCACAGCGAAACAAAUCUUCCGCUAUUUCUCCGAUAGAACAGGCAUCAUUUCCUUUGCUAAUUUUCCACUCAUCUGGCUUUUUGGCAUGAGGAAUAAUCUUCUCAUGUGGUUAACGGGUUGGGACUUUGGAACAUAUAACAACUUUCAUCGAUGGGUUGCUCGUAUCGCUACGGCCCAAGCGAUUCUUCACUCCAUCGGCUAUUCCAUCUUGGUUUACCUUGAGGGUGGCUGGGAGCAUUAUAUAUUCUGGUGGUCCUACAUGUUUUGGUGGGUUGGUGAACUUGCAACCAUUGUCAUGUCGCUACUCAUCGGGGCAUCUUUUUACUGGAUACGCCGCCAACAGUACGAACUGUUCCUCGUCGUCCAUAUCAUCAUGUCAAUCUUCCUUCUUGUCACAAUGCUCGCCCACGUCUCGAUCUUUCAAGGCGAAUACGACGUCUUUUUCUGGGUACCCUGCUUCAUCUGGGUGGCCGACCGUGUCAUACGUGCUCUCCGCAUCGCAGCUUUCAACCCCAAGCUAUGGGACACCUGGGCCACAUCCAUUUACCACCCUACUUCUAAUAUUGUUCGACUAGUCAUUCCCUGGUCGAAUAGUCUCUACAAACCAGCCCCAGGAACAUUUUAUUAUAUCCAUGUUUUGAAUGGUCCGCGCUGCUGGGAGAGUCAUCCUUUUACCGUUGCAGCUGUGACGGAUGAAGGACAGAGAGGCGCAAAGGUUCUUGGGGAGCAGGUUCCUCUUCUUGAGGGUGCUUCUGAACAAACGUCAGAUGAAAAUAUUUCACAAGAGAUGUUUUCUGAUUCAAGGACCAUGACUUUCUUGAUUCGACCUUAUGAUGGGUUUACAUCAAGACUUAGAGAUACAGCUUCGGCAGAGUGGCCAAAGAAUGCCCUCCAGCGGGUUCUCGUUGACGGACCGUACGGGCAUACUCAACCUCUUCAUCUAUUCGACAAUGUCAUCUUUGUAGUUGGAGGAGUGGCCGUCACAGGUUACGCUUAG